UCAGGAUCGGGACAAACCAGACGUGGUCGAGGCGUCACACGAUUGCCAGAUGUGACAUCUGGACGCGUGGAUGGGCAGAGGAGACAUGUUGACAUCGACCCCAGAUCAGGUCAUCCAUCAGGGCCAAAUGCUGAUAGGUUUAGGAGUUAUCUGGGUAAGUUAGCAAAAAGUCAUGUCUCUAUCCUUCAUGCAACUUGGGAUGACGUCCCAGAGGUCGACAAGAACUUCUUAUGGCAAGAUAUUCAGCAACAUUAUGAUAUUCCAAACACAAUACAAAUUAGAAAGAAAGUGUUAUCGCAUAUAGCGAUAAGAUGGAGGGAUUUCAAGACAAGGCUGACACGACUAUAUGUCUUUGGAGACAGGAAACAUGAAAAUCCAUGUCAGCAAUAUACCUUCACAGAGGAGGACUGGAUACAGUUUCGUGCAUCUAGAGAGUCUGACGAAUGAAAGGGUAAAAGGUUAGCUGCCCAAGAAAGACAAAGGCUAAACGAUGCACCACACUUGUUAUCACGAGGUGGUUAUGCAAAACUAGAUGCCUUGGGAUUUGAGUCGCCGGACCUUGCACCUGCACCUGCUAGGUACGAGCUGUGGAAGGCUGCUCGGACUAAAUCUGAUGGGAACAUGACAUCUUCCUCAGCUGCCUUGAUCUCACAAAGAAUUGAUGAGUUGGUUGAGCAGCAGACUCAGGGAACAUUUGCUGGCCAAGGUAGGGACGACAUUCUAACAAUGGCCAUUGGAAAGCUCGAGCACCCAGGACGUGUACGUGGAGUUGCUAGGGCGAUUGGUCUUCCUGACUACUUUGGCCCUACACAGAAAACCACAACAUCAAUGAGUCAGGAGACACUGAGGCAGAUGGACCUUCAGUGGGAGGAAAGACUCAACCAAAGCAUGAGAUCAAUGGAGCAACGAUUCAUGGAGCAACUACAAGAACAAAAAGAAAUACAAAGAGCGCUUGAAGAGAAGCUGCAUUCCAUGAUGCAAGGCAACAUGGGGACCGCUGAAACUCCCACACCACCUCGUGUCAGCACUAGAGGAUCAUGCUCUGCUGUAGAACCUACUCAGUAUAGCGGUCAAUAUGAGCUGUUGGUUGAUGGGGAUCCCCCACGCAUUGUGGCUGUCGGACGCGUGCUUGAGGGAGGGCAAACUAUUCAUGGUGUUCCCAUAUUACCCCAUCACGUGCGUGUGACGAUUGACGAGAUUCGGGAUCCCCAGGCUCAGGUGCCUGUACCCACUCCAGAAAUUAAUUUAUUGGGGGAGGCCAUAGGAUCAUUUAUAGCCUGGCCUAGAGCAUUGAUCAUGUCACACAUCGCUACUCCACAGUUCACACGUCCUCAGAAGCAGCCGAUUCAUGAUACAGUCAUACAUGAAGAUGAUGACAUGGCUGAAGCGGAGGAUGAUCCUCUAUCAAAGCUAAUGACAAGAUUACCCAGGUUGAAGAAAGCACCAUUAGAACUAUACUGGGAUUUGAGAGUAUUUGGUCUUCCCCCCCUUGUGCCAGUAUAUAUCACAUUGCCUGAUGCAUUGGAGGUGAUUGGGGGAGACAGGAUGUUGAAUAUUUCCAUCAUUCAACUGUGGUGCAUGUACAUGGACACAAUCGUUGUAGACCAAGGUCGGUCUUCCAUGUACGGAUUUGUUGAACCUCAGACUAUUCAACCUUCUAGUAACACACUUGAAAACAGACAACAUUAUUUGCAAACAUGGAUGGAUGAGUCAAAAAGAGACGUAUACCUUAUGCAAUACAUUGAUAGGUCGCACUGGCAGCUGAUGGUCAUCAUUUCCAAACAAUGUAAAAUUAUAUGGUUUUGUUUGUUGCAUAGGAAGAUGAAAAAUGACUUGAGAACAAUGCUUCAAGGAGUUAUUGGUAAAUCUCGAGGUCAACUCGUUCAAAUUUUGUAUCCAAAGUGUAACCAGCAGCUAGAUUCAUGGGAAUAUGGCUUCUAUGUCAUGUGUUGGAUUAAGACCAUCAUUCGAGCUGUCAUUACAGAUGACUGGAAUGAGUGCUUCAAGAGUACAUCUCCUAUACCAGAGGACACAAUUAGGCAGAUAAGGCAGGAGUGGACAGCUUAUCUUCUGCAAAUAUGGAGUUAGAAAUAGUUUUAUUUGUUGUUGAACAUUGC